AUGCAGAAGUACAAUUCCAAGAGAAUUGCUAAUGACUACAGUACUUCUGACAACCGCUACACACCACUGCGAUCCCCGAAUGGUAAUGUGUCAGCGCAUGGCCAUGGUGCGCUUGCGGGCCAUGGGGGUCACACGGGGCAUUCGGGCCACGGCCACCACCACUACAACCAUAUGCUUGACGACAGGGGCUAUCCAACAUCAAGAAACUCCUACAUCCAAAAAGGUUCAGACAAGGAGAGAGAUAGAGACUACAAAUCCUGUAGAAAUAAGUAUACAGAUGUCAGAUCACCUAAGGAGAAACGUAACAAAGACAGUGAGAGGGAGAAAAAUAACUAUGAAAGAUGUGAAUCGGAGAAAAAAAGUAGGACUAGUGGCAUGAGUAGUAGUGUUAAUAGAAGUAGUAAAUAUGACAAAAGAAGUGCUCCUACUUCAAGCGUGCCUUCGGGCGGUGAAUGGUCAGAACACAUUAGUUCAUCAGGAAAGAAGUAUUAUUAUAACUCUCUCAGUGAAGUGUCACAGUGGGAAAAACCUAGGGAAUGGGACUCAAGACGGACCUCAUCCAAAGAUUCUACAUAUUCAUCAAGAAGCAAUCGCGAGAAGAGAUCCAGCUCACGAUCAGGGCGUCGCGAGCCGGAGAAGACAAACAAGCGAUCAAACAGCACGACGGAGAGAUACUGGAGCAGCAGAGAGGAUGACCUACACGAACGAGGACGGACGAAACACGCCUCCUCACAACACGACGGGAAAGAGGGUCAGUCGCUGCAGGAUAUGGAUAUCUCACCGGACCGCAGCACGCCGCUGUCGGAGAGUUCUCACGGAGCGCGUGAACCACCGAGGGAUGGCGGAGUGCCUCCCGUUGUCGUCCUCGACAAUUCCAACCAACCGAGCGGUUCGUUGUUGGCGGCGGCGUUACCGCGCAUCGUGGGAACGGCGUCGAUGCAGAGUGUGGUCCACGUGGCGAUGUCGGGGUGUGGCGCAGGUGUCGGCGGGGCGGCUGGCGUGGGUCCUCCGCCCUGCAACAACGGCGCUUCGCCCCUCAGCGGUGGGGACACUCCUCACCGCGACGCCGGACCACCCACGCCCACACACUCGGAGAACAUAGACCCACACGCACCGCCGCUACAUCUGGAGAACGCCUUGCCUCGGAAAAUGGAGUGCCUAGGUAGCUAUUCUUCAGUGGUGGGGAGCUCGUUACAGCACGCGCCGCCGAUGCUCACACCUUCUCUAAUAAAUUAUGUACGCAGCGAUCUCACGGGACAUGUCACAGGUUGGCCUGCUGACAUACUUGAGAAACAGGCGUACAAGUUCACAGAGGAGGCGUAUCAGUUAGGUUGUCUUCAGUGUACGCGAGUGUCGGCUGAACUAAAGUGUUCUCGGUCAGUGGUGCGACACACAGAGAUACAAGCCACGUUGCAGGAACAGAAAAUAAUGUACUUGCGGCAGCAGAUCUCUCGGCUGGAGGAGCUCAAGUCGCAGAACUCGUUUAUGUCGGAGGACUAG